UUAACAAGAUUGUGUGUACAAUGUGGAAUGUCUGGAUUGCUCGUAAUGAAAUGGUCUUUGAAGGAAAAGUGUUCUCCCCGCCUACUGUGGCAAUUCUAUCUGAUAGAAAUUUUCAAAGGGUUAAGGAAGCGUGGACUUCAGGCACGGUUUCCCCUUCUUCCAGAUCAGCCGGUUCGCCUUCUCAGCUUGGGAGUUCUCCGUCGACGAUCUUAUCACCGCCUGGUCCUUUUAGUAAGGUUGUGCAUUGUGAUGGUUCCUUUGUUUCUGAUGCACAGGUGGCGGCAUAUGGUAUUGCUAUUGCUAAUUCCCACGGGCAGGUUAUCGACGGGAAAGCUGAGAGAUUCUUUUGUUCUUCUCCGAUUCAAGCGGAAGUUGUUGCAAUUCUUAAUGCAGUUAUCUUGGCAGCCCUGGAUCCAGUCCCAACGUGUGUCCGAUCGGAUUGUCAGAGAUUGACGAUUGCGUUGAAACAGGAUCCGAGCCUUUGGCCUUAGCAAUGUCGGGAAACUCUUGCCCGGGUUGUUUCCAUUCUCAGUGUCUCUCCGUGGAUCGUGGAUUCGUGGUUGAGUUUGUUCCCUGUCGAAUCAAUGCCUUGGCGGAUUGGAUUGCGAGAAACGCUCGUCUUGAUUUCCUUCCUCCUGAAUGGAUUGUCAUUGCUGAUCUUGUCGCUCCAUUAUUGUAAUUGUAUUGCUUCCCACUUAUGUGAGUUUUGAAUGAAAUGAUGAUUGAUGUUGUAAAAAAAAAAGUAGACUGAGAGGGAGAAGAAAGAAUUGGUAUAUUCUGUUUUUUAGGGUCCUUUUUGUUUGAGUUUCAACUUCACCCCUCACCCUUCCUAAACCAUGCUUACCUACUGCUUCUCACAUCCUUAAACGCCUAAGCGACUCCUAGCGCUCCUUUCCAUCCCAGAAAUUAAGUUAUGCAUACCAGUUUUUUUUUUAAAUAUAUCAAAGUGAAUAUUGUAUUUGCAUUGUAUUUUUGUCAAUUUUUUUUGUUGAAAUUUGAGUUAAAAAUAGAUACAAUCCGCUAAAAUAUAAUUGGAGUAUAGUUAUUCAUAAUUCAUAAAGUAGAAGAUAAACAUCUAUCAUAAUGAGCACUUCUACUAUGCUAUAUAGCAUUGGUGCUUUAAUGUACAACUCAAAGUUGUACCAUAACAUUAAAUGUAUAAGUUUAGG